AUGAUGUGGUACCGUAAUAAUCCUGGAAAGCGAAUUACCAUCCAUGAAGUUGCAGGAUUAACAAGGGAGCCUUUCUAUAAGGCUAUGACUCCUACCAACUUAAUUUCUGGUUUCAAAAGAGCUGGGAUCUACCCUUUCAUAAUGUUUCAACCUGACGACCCCCGUUUCUCAUCAUCUUUGGUUACUGAUCUGCCAGCUACAUCGCAACAACAGAUUGCAGAAGCUCUCUUUGUUGAUGAAAUGCAGACCCCGAUACAUUCCAUGGAGAUUGAAGUUUCGAACAACAUUCACACGGUGGAGAGGGAAGAUAAUGGAAUGGAUAUUACACAGGAAGAAGUCAACGUCCCAACUAUCGACUGUCGUGUUUUUGGCAGCACAGUAGCUUCGACGCAAGCUGAAAAUUUUCAGCCAAUGCCAAAUAAUGCUAGUGAAAUUGUUGAUGGAGUAGAUGGAGUAAAUCAAGAAAGAGCAGGCAACUGUGAAACUUCCGGUAGCACGAAUGUGAGAGUAAAACGUGUACGUUUAGAAGAAAUUAUGCCAAUUCCAAAAGUUAUACAAAUUGGCCCAAGACAAAAGAACAGAACCCGUAUCGGAAGAAGCCGCGUUUUAACUGAUCCCGAGGAAAUGAAUCAACUACAAUUGGACUAUUUAAAAAAACAAGAAAAGGAGCAAAAUAAAGAAAAAUUUAAGAAAACACGAUCAGCUAAGCCUCUCUUGUCGAACAAAGAAAAUAUCUCAGGAAAAGGUAAACUCGUCGCUGGCAAAAGCAAUAUGAAUUCACUUCCCGAAAAGGAGCCUUUACAGAAAACACGAUCGGCUAAUACUCGCUUGUCGAACAAAGAAAAUAUCCCAGUCGCUGAGAAAAGCAAUAUGAAUUCAGUUCCCGAGAAGGAGCCUUUAAAGAAAACACGAUCGGCUAAUACUCGCUUGUCGAACAAAGAAAAUAUCCCAGUCGCUGAGAAAAGCAAUAUGAAUUCAGUUCCCGAGAAGGAGCCUUUAAAGAAAACACGAUCGGCUAAUCCUCGCUUGUCAAACAAUGAAAAUAUCCCAGAAAAAGGCAAACUCGUCGCUGGGAAAGACAAUCUUACUUCAGUUCACGAAAAGGAGCCUUUAGUCGUCCUAAGCCGUCAACCUCGAAUUGCCAAAAAACCAGCUUUUUUAGCACAAAACUUUUUGUUUGAUUAGGUUAUUCACAUGAGCAAUGCAUUAUUCUGUUGUCUGUGGCUUACGUUGUCUUAUUUAUAAUCAAUGAUUCUUUUUUUGUUUAAUAAGACAAUUUACGAAACCUAAUCUGCCAGACAUUUAAUUAUGUGUUGUACAUUGACAGAUAAAUUGAUUGAACUGGUAACACCUUAUCUAACUGUUUCAUCAUUAAGAACUGGUUAAUAAAUAAACAUUGAAAGAAAAAGACA